GUAUGUGUGUGGUUUGUUGAAGCGCAUCAACUUGUUGCUUGAUGUCAAACAUCAGUGUGUUUUAUUCCAUAUUUGAAUUGUGCUUCUAACAAGAUAUCUUUUUGGAGCAAACAAGAAAUUGAAUUGAUCUUCAGCAGGAAGUCGGCGGCCGCGUGUCGCCAACAUGGAGGCCAAGGGAAAGUACGACUUCACGGCGUCAGUGUCAGGCCGGCUGAGCUUCAAGAAGGACGACGUAGUGAAGAUUUUAAGCACAAACGGUGACUGGUUGAUGGCCGAGAUGGACGCGCUUGAAGGCCUGGUUCCAAAAAACUACAUCGACCUCCGGCUGCCGCGGUGGUUCCAGGAGCACCUCACUCGCAGCGCAGCCGAACAGCUGCUGAGCUCCCAAGAUGUCGGACAUUUCGUGAUACGAGGAUGCCAAAGUUCACCCGGAAACUUCUCCAUCUCCGUCAAACACGAGCGCGACGUGCAACACUUCAAAGUGACCCGGGACCGGCAAGGCCAUUACUUCUUGUGGUUGGAGAAGUUCACCUCGCUCAACAAGCUGGUGGACUUCUACCAGACCACGUCCAUCUCCAAGACCAGCCAGAUCUACCUCCACGACGCCAGGACCCUCUUGGCCCAGAAGCUUCAGGAGGAGCCGACUCAGAGCCUGGUCCAAACAGGAGGGAGUGGUGCCGAAAUGACACGCCCAUCUCAGGUCAAGGCCAUGUAUGACUUCACCGCCGAGGAAGACGACGAGUUGGGUUUCUGCGCCGGUGACAUCAUCGAGGUUGUGGACAGCUCGGACACGUCGUGGUGGAGAGGACGGCUGAGGGACAAGAGCGGCUUGUUUCCCGCCAACUAUACCAAACACCUGUGACACUUGAGCACAGGCCACGCCCCCACGCUGUGCAGCCACUCCUUUAACCAAGGUGCUCUUUGCCACAUGUCAGCUCAUGUAGUUUUCACUCACCUUUCAUGUAGUUUUCACAUAGUUGUUGCAUACUUUUAAUGUAGUUUUCAAGUAGUUGUUGCAAACUUUUCAUGUAGUUUUCACAUAGUUGUUGCAUACUUUUCAUGUAGUUUUCACAUAGUUGUUGCAUACUUUUCAUGUAGUUUUCACGUAGUUGAUGCAUACUUUUCAUGUAGUUUUCACAUAGUUGUUGCAUACUUUUCAUGUAGUUGUUGCAUACUUUUCACGUAGUUGUUGCAUACUUUUCACAUAGUUGUUGCAUACCUUUCAUGUAGUUUUCACAUAGUUGUUGCAUACUUUUCAUGUAGUUUUCACAUAGUUGUUGCAUACUUUUCAUGUAGUUUUCAAGAAGU